UGAUCAUCUGCAGGUGAGAAUAAACCUGCCUGAAAAUGAUCUUGCGUAGACAGUGGGUGGAGAGCAAGCUAAAUACGGUGACUAACAUCCACAGAUCUACAGACUCAACGUGAGGACGGUCUCCAGGAGCACAGUCUUUGUUUCUUCCUCUGCUGAGUUAAGAUGUCAGUCUUCAAGAAAUUCUUCAACAGCAUCAUCAAGGACAGAGACAAUGAGGAUGACACCAUUAAAGUGAAGGGUAAGCCGAAGCCUAAGUAUUAUGGAACAGUCACCCCGUAUCCAAACUUCAACGCCAGCAGUGACGCUUCAGUUCUUCAGAGUGCCAUUGCAAGCAAAGGAGUGGACGAGGAUGUGAUCAUUGCAGUGAUGGUGCAGAGAAACAACGAGCAGAGGCAGAAGAUCAAAGUAGUUUAUGAGGCGUCCACUGGGAAGAAACUGGAAAAAGCUCUGAAGUCAGCUCUGCACUCAGAUUUAGAGGACAUCUCUCUGGCUCUGCUCAUGACACCGGCUCAGUUUGAUGCCUACCUGAUCAGGAAAGCCACAAAGCGUCUGGGCACAGAUGAGGACGUCCUGGUGGAGGUUCUCGCAACCAGAUCAAACGCAGAGAUUCGAGAGCUCAAGAGGAUCUUCAAAGAAGAGUACAAAACAGACCUGGAGGAUGUCAUUAGGAGUGAGACCAAUGGUGAUUUCACCAGUGCCCUUUUGGCCAUGUUGAAAGCAAACAAAGAUGAGAGUAAUGAAGUCAACAUGGAUCUGGCCCGAAAGGACGCAGAGACGCUGUUUGAGGCGGGGGAGAAUACCAGCAGGAUCAAUGUGUCCACCUUCAUCGACAUCCUGACCACGAGGAAUGGGAAGCAACUCUCAAAGACAUUCCAGCAUUACGCCUCCAUCAGCGAUGUGAAAUUACCUAAAGUCCUGGACAUGAAGCUGAGUGGAGACAUUGAAGACUGUCUUCUUGACAUCGUGAAAUGUGCCUGGAACACACCGGCUUUCUUUGCUGAGAAGCUUCAUCGGGCGAUGGAGGGCCACGGCACAUGUGACAGCACGCUGAUCAGGGUGCUGGUGAGCCGCUCCGAGGUCGACCUGAAGAAGAUUGUGGAGGAAUACAGGGCCAUGUAUGACAGGAGCCUACAGGAACACAUACUGGAGGAGACUAAGGGACAUUAUGAGAAGAUCCUGCUCGGGCUCUGUGGACCCCACUGAGUUUCUGUCAGUACCACCGUGCCUGGAAAUCCAGUCUACUGAAUGCCACUGAAAUCUCUCAUCUUUCUAAAUCAAGUGGAAUAACCUAAACAAACUGUCUUUUUGAGUUGAUGCUCCAAUAAAGCUCUGACAUCAGCA